AUGGCGCCUUCUUCCCGAGUCGCCCAGAACCAUGGGCAGAUAAUCGAGUACAUCCCAGAUCGUCUCUACCUUGCCUCUUACAUCCAUCCUCCCACGGCCGAUACCAUUUUCCCCUACCCAGAGCAACCCGUCUCCUCGAGGAAACGUGCGCAGCGAGGAGUUGAGCCUACCCCGCUCCAGACCAACAGAACACCUCCGUGCUACUUCACCGUUGAUGACACUCUCCUCUACAACGCUUUCCACCAUGACUUCGGUCCUCUGCACAUUGGCCACCUCUACCGCUUUGCGAUUCAGUUCCACGAUAUCCUUGGCGCUAAGCAGAACAAAGAUCGUCCCAUUGUGUUCUGGAGCGCUGCUGACCCCAGAAGCCGUGCCAAUGCCGCAUGCAUGCUCGCGUGCUACAUGGUCUUGAUCCAGAACUGGCCUCCCCAUCUGGCCCUGGCUCCGAUUGCGCAGGUUGACCCUCCGUUGAUGCCCUUCCGAGAUGCCGGCUACAGCCAGGCCGACUAUGGCAUCAGUGUCCAGGAUGUUGUGUACGGUGUGUGGAAGGCCAAGGAGGAGAAGUGCUGCGACCUCGAUAACUUCGAUUUGGACAUGUAUGAGAGGUUCGAACGGGUCGAGCAUGGCGACUUCAACUGGAUCACUCCCCACUUCCUCGCAUUUGCGUCUCCCCAGCACACCCCGGUUGCGAAGAUCACUGAGGGCUCCGAGAUGUACCCCUUGUUGCCUCGAGACCUGGCCGCCGUGGAAGCCCACCCGACCCUACCUCAGCCCUUCAAGAACGUCCUGAGCCACUUCUCCGAGAAGAACAUCGGCCUGGUCGUGCGACUGAACUCGCCCCUCUACUCUCCCUCCUACUUCGAGGCCUUGGGCAUCCAGCACCUCGACAUGAUCUUCGACGAUGGCACGUGCCCCUCUCUCACAACCGUCCGAAAGUUCAUCCGAUUAGCCCAUGAGACCAUCACCGUCAAGAAGAAGGGCAUUGCUGUUCACUGCAAGGCCGGCUUGGGCCGAACAGGCUGCCUCAUCGGCGCCUAUCUCAUCUACCGCCAUGGCUUCACUGCCAACGAGGUCAUCUCGUUCAUGCGAUUCAUGCGACCUGGUAUGGUCGUCGGACCCCAACAGCACUGGCUGCACCUCAACCAGGGCACUUUCAGGGAGUGGUGGAUCGAGGAGCGUGUUGAGCGAAAGCUCAGGAAGGAAAUGGCUGCUGCCAACCCUGUCCCCAGCACCCCCAUCCGUGCUAUGCAGAAGACAUCUCUGCGCAAUGGCCAGGCUUCGACACCUCCUAACCGCAGCACCUCGAACCGUACACCACUCAGCGAAGUCGACCAUGACCGCAAUAACAUUGGGGUUCAAGAGGACUAUCUCCCUGCGCCCACUCCCGGCCAGCCACGCAAGACUGGCCGUAGCGAUCGUCACCACCCGUACUCGCGAUCCACUUCCUUCCAGGCCACGCUCGAGGAGGAGCAAGUUCAAGUUGUUGAGAAGGAGACGGAGAUCACGACUAUUCACCGCCAGUCCCAAGGCUCUGAGUCAGAUGAGGAGUGGCACCUGCGGAUGCGUAGCCACCGAAAGGCCGCGCGGUCGCCUGGACGAAGCGAGAAGACACGAUCCGUCAGUCAGACAACCACGACCAUCUACACGAUCGACAACGAUGCGUCUCACGAUGUUGAGAACAUUGGUUCCAUUCGCACCAAGCACGUUGACCGUGUCGCUAGCACUCCUACUGUCAUGACCAAGGUCCGUGGCAGCAAGCGCCAGGCCGAGUCCCCUCUCCGGGCCAAGGAGAGCGCUGGCAUUCGGAAGACGAGUGGCAGAGUUGGCAGUGCCAGCCACGCCACGUCGGCGACGGCGUCCUCGACAGCCCGCAAGGUGUCUGGAGCCUAG